AAAAUCUGUGGCAGCUGUUUGAAACUGGGGGAGAAGGAGAAUGGGAGAUCUCUAUGCUUUGGACUUCGAUGGAGUUCUCUGUGAUAGUUGUGGUGAAAGCUCAUUAUCUGCUGUUAAGGCUGCGAAAGUGAGAUGGCCUGCUUUGUUCCAAGGAGUUGAUUCCGCUUUAGAGGAAUGGAUCGUCGAUCAGAUGCAUAUCGUGAGACCUGUGGUGGAAACUGGCUAUGAAAAUCUUCUACUUGUGCGGCUGUUAUUGGAGACGAAGAUACCGUCUAUUCGUGAAUCUCCCGUUGCUGAGGGAUUGACUGUUGAUGGGAUCUUGGAGACUUGGGCAAAGAUUAAGCCGGUAAUUAUGGAAGCUUGGGAUGAAGAUAAAGAUGCUUUGAUCGAUUUGUUUGGACAAGUUAGAGAUGAUUGGAUUAACAAAGACUUGACUACUUGGAUUGGUGCCAAUAGAUUCUAUCCAGGAGUUUCAGAUGCGCUGAAAUUUGCCAGCUCAAAGAUUUACAUUGUUACUACGAAACAGGGCCGCUUUGCAGAAGCAUUGCUGCGUGAAAUAGCUGGUGUGAUCAUACCAUCAGAAAGGAUUUAUGGUUUAGGUUCAGGGCCAAAGGUGGAAGUGCUAAAGCUUCUUCAAAAUAAACCAGAACAUCAGGGCUUGACACUGCAUUUCGUGGAAGACAGACUUGCAACGCUAAAGAAUGUCAUCAAAGAGCCUGAAUUAGACAAAUGGAAUUUAUACCUAGGUGGACUCUUCCCUCUCCCAUAUAGUCUCUUCUGGUUCUCUUUACUGGUUAUUCUGACAAAAAAACUUAUCUCAAAACAGGAAACUGGGGUUACAACACCGAGAAAGAGAGAGCAGAAGCAGCAAGCACUCCCAGGAUUCAGGUUAUCGAGCUCUCCACAUUUAGCAAUAAGCUUAAAUGAGUGCAUACUCAUCGGACAAAGAAAAAAAAAGCUUUCCUUUUUAUUGUAUUCUACAUUUCUACGGCAUUCAACGGAAAUUUGGGAAACCAAACAUGUCAAAGAAAUUUUUAGUAAGAUUCAGUAAAGGAGUUUAAAUUUCGAGUA